GGUCAGACGACCACACUAGAUGAAAUGGACAUUAUGUUUACGCAAUAUGUUGUGCAUGUAGUGGAUGCUGGCGCAGUUGUGCAGGGACAUGUAGUUUGCUCGAAUGAUUAUAUGGACUGGUUUCGCAGAAUUUCUCAUCCAUACAUCAUUCGUAGAGGACCAGUCCAUGAAGCUGAUGCAGAGCCUACUGAUCAUGCCACUCAUGCAGCUGAUGGCGGCGAUCCUGCUGAUGACACAGUUGACAUAACGCGUCGAGCAAUACAAAUUGCUGAAGAGCUGAUUGGCCGGCAACUGAUAUUACCUGAUGGCAUGCCACUCAUUAAUGAGUUAAUUUUGAUGCUGCCAAGUCAGAGGGGUGGUGGUAGAGAUUGGACGAACACAGUACCAUAUCGUAGAAGAAAUAGAAGGACUUAGGAUUUAUUUAUAACGUUUUGGAACAUGGUAUUUUUGUAAUUGAUAUGUAAUAUUUGGUUACUUUUAGGUAUUUUGGAUACUUUAGUUUUGGAUAUUAUGGGUACUUUCGAAUCUGAUA